AAGUGCUCUUUUUCCCCAACUUGUAUCCCAUAUAUAUACACACCCUCCUUAACAAGAAUUGGUUAAAAAAACAUCAAAAUUUGUAAAAAAAAAUUACUUAUAAGUCUCUCAAAUAUCCUUUUUUCAUAUUUUUAUGUUACACAAGUUUAUAGUCACAAUGAUUUUUGCUUGGAGACGUAGAAAGGAUAAGGGGAAAAAGAAGCUUUCAAAAUUGAAUUCUUGUAAAGAACUUAAAGUUCCAUCUCAUUUUCUUUGUCCAAUCUCUCUUGAUUUAAUGAAAGAUCCAGUCACAUUGUGUACUGGAAUUUCGUAUGAUCGUGAAAACAUCGAAAAAUGGAUCGACACACGUAACACAACGUGCCCCGUCACUAAUCAACCUUUGAGAAACUUUGAUCUCAUACCAAACCAUGCCAUAAGGAAAAUGAUUCAAGAUUGGUGUGUGGAGAAUAAAAAUUAUGGUAUUGAACGAGUUCCAACUCCGAGAAUCCCCGUUAGCUCGUGUGAAAUAUCGGAGAUUUGCUCGAGGCUAAUGGUUGAAGCUCAACGAGGGAAUGAAAAGAAGUGUAAGGAGUUAGUGGGAAGAGUCAGAAUUUUAGCAAAGGAGAGCGAACGUAACAAGAAAUGCAUAGUGGAAUGUGGGACCGGUUCAGUUUUUUCAGAAUGUUUCGAGAUUUUGUCGAAUGUUAGUGUAGGAAUUUGGGAGGAACUGUUGAAGGACUUGUUGUCUGCAUUGACGUGGAUGUUCCCAAUUGGAGAGGAGGGGAAAUCGAAACUCGUGUCAUCAACGUCUUUACGUUGCAUGGCAUGGUUCUUGAAAGGGGAAGAUUUAUCAGCAAGGCAAAAUGCAGUUAUAGUCAUGAAAGAAUUGCUGUAUUAUGACCAAAGUUGUGCAAAUGUCCUUAUGGAAAUCCAAGAUUUGGCUGAAUCUUUGUACCAAAUGGUGAAAGUACCGAUUUGCCCUUCGGCUACGAAAGCUUCACUGAUGGUAAUUUACUCAAUUAUUUCAUAUACAUCAAGUGAAAAUGUCAACAAUAUUGUGUCCAAAUUUGUCAACAUGGGGUUGGUUUCUUUGAUUCUUGAAAUUCUUGUGGAUUGUGAAAAGAGCAUAACAGAGAAGGCAUUGGCUGUUUUGGACAUUCUUUGCAACUUUCAAGAAGGGAAGCAAAAGGCUUAUGAACAUGGAUUGACAAUUGCAUUAAUAGCCAAAAAAAUCAUUAAAGUUUCAGAAAUGACCACUGAAUGUUCAAUUUCAGUUUUGUGGAAACUUUGCAAAGGUGGAAAUAAUGAGAAUUCUGUAAUUGAGGCAUUGGAAUUAGGUGCAUUUCAGAAGCUAUUGGUGGUAUUACAAGUGGGAUGUGGUGAAAAAACUAAGGAAAAAGCUACUGAAUUGUUGAAAUUGAUGAAUCUUUACAAAGAUAGAGUGGAUUGCUUUGAUGGAUCAACUUUCAUGUAUCUGAAGAAGUCAUACUGAUUUUACUUUUUGUUUUGUGGGGAAAGUCAAGAAAUCACCUCAUAGUGAAAUGAAGUUUUUGAUGAUCGGACUCUUCAAAAAUAUUAUUAUGUGUGUCAAAUUCUGCAAAAAUUGAUCGCCUUUAAAAGAUUCAUAC